GCCUGUAGGUGUGAGUCAUUGAUGGCAUACCGCGCUAGAAAUUCUUGCACAGAUCCUAUCUCCAACGCAGAGUCCGAAUUAGGACCCCGACAGAUUCGCUUUGAUUGCCAUCGGCACUUAUCAAUGUUUGUGUUCACCAUCGUCGGGCCCGUUCCAGGGUAGUCUAUACCUCUACGACCCUUUCUCACAGCAGCCUCCGUAAAAACGCCCCGUCUCCCAGACCACAACAGUCAUGCCAUCCGCCACCGGCAAGAAAGCCCUCCUCCUGGGCGCUGGUUUCGUCUGCGAGCCGACCAUCCAAGCCCUAUCUGAGGCAGGGGUUCAAGUCACCGUGGGCUGCCGCACUCUCAACGCUGCUCAGUCCCUCGCCGGCAAAUACAGUAACACCACCGCCAUCUCCCUCGAUGUAGCGAACGAGGCCAACAAGCUCGACGCAGCCGUGGGGCAAGCCGACAUCAUCGUCUCCCUGAUCCCCUACAUCCACCAUGCCACCGUCGUGAAAGCCGCGAUCGCCCACAGCAAACCCGUCGUAACCACCAGUUUUAUCUCCCCCGCCCUCUGGGAGCUCGACGCACCAGCCAAAUCCGCAGGCGUGACCGUGCUCAACGAGAUCGGGCUCAACCCGGGCAUCGACCACCUCUACGCCGUGAAGACAAUCGACGAGGUCCAUCGUGCCGGGGGCAAGAUCAACGCCUUCACCAGCUACUGCGGCGCGCUCCCAGCCCCAGAGAACUCCGACAACCCGCUGAGACACAAGUUCUCUUGGAGCCCACGCGGCGGGCUCCUUGCGCUUCUCAACUCGGCGCAGUGGUACCGCGAUGGGAAGGUCACCUCGGUGGACGGGAGAGACCUGAUGGCGUCUGCCACACCCCAGCGGAUCUUCCCCGGAUUUAACCUGGUUGGAUAUCCCAAUCGGGAUUCGGUCGGGCUCCGGAAAUCGUACGCCAUUCCCGAGGCUCAGACGGUCUUCCGCGGCACCUUGCGGUAUGCGGGGUUCCCCGAGGUCAUCCAGGCGCUCGUGGGUAUUGGGUACUUCUCCCAGGACAGGAUCGCUGCUCUCGCUGCCGACGCCGGCAGAGAAUUGACCUGGGCGCAACUGACGGCGCAGCUGCUGGGGCUUCCUGCCUCUGCGUCCGCGGAGGAGGUGCAGGGGGCUGUGGCGCGAAAGUGUCUGGGUUUCAUUGCGGGGAAGGAGGAGGAGCUCGAUCGCGUGUUGUCGGGCCUUCGCUGGAUUGGGCUCUUCGAUGAGGAUCGUCUUGUUGACGAACGGGAUACUCCUCUUGAUACUCUUUGUGCUGUGUUGGAGCGUCGGAUGGCGUAUCAGCCUGGUGAGCGUGACAUGAUCAUCCUCCAGCAUGUGUUCGACAUUGAGAAUGCGGACAGGUCUACAGAGAGGAGGACCAGUACAUUGGUAGAGUACGGCGACCCAGUUGGUCCUGGCUCGCGCAGUGCUAUGGCCAAGUUAGUGGGAUUGCCUUGUGCGGUAGGUGUGUUGGCGGUGUUGGAGGGCCGGAUUCAGGGGACAGGCAUGUUGGCGCCCUGGACCAAUGCAGAGAUUGCAGGGUUGUUGCGAGAAGAGCUUAAAGCACGAUUCCAAAUUGAGCUGAAGGAGUCCAUAACGAAUCCAUCAAAAUCAACUUUAUCAUCACCGACCACUACCAUGAACACCUCAAAACCCAACCCCCUAUUCACCAUCCCCAUUGCCUCCACCGGUGGUACCUUCACCUGCACCAACCCGACCUCCGCAGAACAAGACCAAACCAUCUACAUCCUCACCUUCACCUCCCCGAAAGACAACCGCCUCACGCCGACCUUCAUCGACGCCUUCCUACUAGCACUAGACAUCAUCGAACACCGCUACCCAAAAGGUGUAGUGAUCACCACAAGCGGGAUCCCGAAAUUUUACAGCAAUGGCCUAGAUCUCGACCUCGCGCUGUCCACCGAGGGCUUCACAGAGAAAUGGCUCUGGAAACUCUUCCGUCGACUUCUCACCUACCCAAUGCCCACCAUCGCCCUCCUCAACGGCCACGCCUUCGCCGGCGGCCUCAUGCUAACCAUGUACCACGACUACCGCAUCCAGAACCCCAGCCGCGGGUACCUGUGCAUCAACGAGUUGGAGUUCGGGGUGCCGCUGGAAUCACCCAUGAUGAGCGUCUUCCGGGAGAAGCUUGCCCCGACUGCGUUCCGGGACCUGGUGCUCGAGGCAAAGCGGUUCGGUGGGCCGACUGCCUCGCUUGAGGCGGGCCUGGUGGAUGGAUUUGGUGGGCUGGAGGAGGCGGUGCGCUUCGUUAAGGACCGCGGGCUGCAGACGAAGGCGGCGACGGGCAUCUAUGGGAUGAUGAAGGAGGAGAUGUGGCGGCAUUCCCUGGGGAUUUUGGAUGGCCAUGCUGAGAAUGUGGCGUGGAGGGAGCGAGUGGAGGAGAAGAAGGAAGGUGAGGGAGAGAUGGCGCGAAGGAGGAUCGAGGCUUGGGAGAAGGAGAGGAAGGUUGGGGCGAAGCUUUGAUUAGUUUUUUGGCGAUAGAGGUAGAAGAUUUAGGGUAAAAGGUGGAUGGGGUUUGGUUGACUUUAGUUGCUGUUAUUCAGUAAUUUGAGCUUAAGGAUCUUGCUCAG